UUUCUGCCGUCUCAAUAUUCAUAUCAUCACCCAUUCAAUUACAUGGCCCACCAUGCAUCAACAACGGCAAAAGGAAGACACCGACUAUGCAUGAGCUUCUUGAAGAACUUGACAAGACGCAUG